AUGGAUCCUAAGGAGUUUGCAAUACAAUGUGCUAUUGCAGAUCUUAAUUCUGGUGUUUUCACGAGCCGGCGUAAGGCUGCUGAGUGGUACGGGAUCGCUGAAUCUACACUACGCGGUCGCCAACAAGGUCAACAACCACACGCGAUAGCUCAUCAACAACAGCAGCGAUUGACUCCAGAACAAGAAGCCUUUCUAGUAGAUUGGAUACUUGAUGAGGACUCACGCGCACAACCUCCCUCUCAUCCACGCGUACGAAAAAUGGCCACCCGGCUCCUCCGCAUGAAUGGUGACCACCAGCCUCUUGGGCAA